AUGUCACGAUUUUGUAGUCACAAAUCAAUGACUGAUGUAGCUUUGCAAAUUGAUUCUAAAGAACGACGAAAAUCAAGAACGAUUGUUUCAGAUUGUACAAUUAUUAGUGCUACAUCAUUGCUUUCAAAAAAAUAUGGUUUGUUACCAUGUUUCUGUGAUUAUGAUUCAAUAGGAAUGAUGAGACAUCGUCGAGCAUCGCUAAGAUUAUCGAAAUCGUCAAAUGCAUUCUGGCAUCGAAAUAGUAAAUCGAAAGAUAAAUUGAUUCGUGAGAAACAACAACGAAAUAAUUCAACUGCAUUUGAAAACCAGCAAGUGAAGUUAUCAAGUUCUCGUAACUUUCAAACAUUUCGAAAGUCUAUUCUACAACGUUUUAAGCGAAAAAGCAAACGAAAAAUGUCAACAAUUACAGCUCGAUCGGUCGUGCAUAAACGUAUGAAUAUCAAUGCUAUCGGACAUAGGAAUGACGCAGAACAAUCUCUUGUUGAUUCUUUGUGUAAUACACCACCGAGUUGCAAUCUAUCAUCCUCAAUUCAAAAUGAUAGUCAUCAUUCUUCGUAUGAUUCUAAUCAUAUUGAUGAUGAAGAGAAUAAAAAAGAUACAUUACAACCACCCGUAUCAUCAUUGAAAACAGAACAGCAGAAUGUCAAUGCGACAAAUAAAAUAAGUCAAACUAUUCAAGAAACGCCUCAAACAAUUAUGAAUGAGAUUAAAUCACUGAGAAAAAGAAAACAUACUGCUGUUAAGAACUCAACAGCUUUUCUAACAGAAAUCGGAUCGAAAACAGAUCCCAAGCGAAUAAAUCAUGGACGUAGUCCUUUUUCUAAUCCAAACAUAUUUCAUUCUAUACCAUCAAUGCAAAACUCAGAUGAAAUAACAAAAGAUAAUAUACAUGAAAAUCAUCUAUGUUGUAAGCCAAUUUCAUCUGUAAAAAAUUUGUCAAUAAGUGAUCAAAAAAAGUUAAUUGAACAUAAUCAUUUAACAUUAAUUUCUUUACUACCAAUUUAUCUUGAUUCGCAAAACAAUUUUGAACAUAAGAUUCGUGAGAAAACCAACAUAAGUCAUAAUGGUGCAUCAGAACUUAAUCAUUUAAUGAAUGAAUGGGGUUCAGUUCGAUUGUUUAUUGGUGCUAAUAGUCAUCACAAAACAUUAUCACAAGCAAUAUGA